AUGUCAACAUAUGAUUCCCCAGCUCCCACACCUUCAUCCCAUCAGAACACCUUCGAUACGCGCCUAGCUUACAUCCAAGGAAGUUCCUCAUCUCACCAUCAGCACGACGUAUCUACAUCCUCCUCUUCUACGCCUUUGAACCGUGUACCUACUACACCUUCUCACCCAGGUUGCGUACUAUGCAGCUUGGUAGCCUCUACAUCCGACCUGCUCCAGAAUCAAUCAUCAAAUUCACCCAGUGCCCAAACUGCUCUUUUACCGCCCGGUGAGAGAAGUUCUUCGCCCUCUCCUUUACUUGCUAGGAGGAGGUCGGGAGCGAGUGUGAAUACCAAUGGGAAAGAAGUAGUACAUCAAGAUAGUCAAGUAACUGUGUAUAAAGCUGAGGGGAAAGAGAGGUUAUGCACGGAUGGAAAACAUCUUGUGGUUGUCCUCAAUAAACAUGUAGAGAAUGUUUAUGAAUUUGGUCCCUCAGAUGUCCCAUUGCUCAGUCACAUAAUCGACCUAUCACACCAACUCCUCUCGUCCACCGCCGGUCAAUCAAGUAGUACACCAAAUGAGGCUGAGAGGGGCAAAGGGAAGGGAAAAGAGAAUGAUGUGAGGGUGGGAUUCGUAGGUAGUGUAAUGAAGGAUCCACAAAUACCUCAUUCCCACCUUCACGCCCACGCUAUGGUCGGUCCUAUCGAUACGUCCCUGCCCGGAGCAACGUUCUGGAGGAGGAAUGUAGUCUUUGGGCCAAUGAAUUGGUGGAGUAUUGAAGAUCUCCGAGCGGAAAUAAGGGAGGAAUCAUCGAAUAAUCGUGUAAAGUCUGGAUAUCAGCAUAGGGAUAGGGCUCCUAUAGAUAGAGUGCCGGAUGCUGGGUCAAUAGCUGGUUUACCAAACGCUCUCGACCCAUCCGACUACACCGACCACUCACCACCUGUAGCAGCCAACAAGGCCCACCCCAUGUCUCGGACAUUAUCAGUACAUUCAACCCGAGAUGUAGGAGCUAGAUCUCCUACAAGCCCGGGACAAGUACUCGUGACUUCUGCGAAAGGCAAGGAAGCAGACAGGUCAGGCGGGAGUGAGUCAUCUCGUCAUUCCGAGGUAGGCGAAGGUGAAGGUGAAGAAGGAUACGUAGCUGUAGAUUUGGAUGAUCUGUCUACUGGUGAUGUGGGAGGUAACGCCAGUGCCAGUAGGGUUGAGAGAGGAGGUAGGAUAUAG